GAUGGGGGUCUGAACCAGGGCCCCCGCACUCCCACGUGACCCGGGGGCCAGCCGCUGGCCCCUGCAGUGCUGCCAUUGGUCACCACGAGGGGCCCGCUGUCAGCCUGAGCUCCCGUGAGGAGUUUGGGGUCCAACAAGCAGGCCUCGCACCCUCAGACUUGCUCCCUUCCCGCCCCUGCCGGUGCCCAACCCCGCACAAAGGCCGACCUGGUCACCCGCACACUCACCCGGCGGAUGGUACCCCGCCGUUCAGUUCAGGUGUCCUGGCCUGAGCCCUGCCCUGGGGAGUCGCCCCCACCGCUCCUGCCUCAGCCAGGCCCCCCUCAGGACACCCCACCAGGCCCUCUGACCCCCUGGCCUCCUCACACCCCCAGACUUGGGAAGCAAGAGCCAGCGUGGAAUUCGGCCCCACGGAGCCCCUUCCGGUACCCCCUGUACCAGCUGGGCAACCCGCAGCUCCGUGUCUUCCGCACCAACUUCUUCAUUCAGCUGGUGCGGCCCGGCACAGCCCAGCCCGAGGACACCGUGCAGUUCCGGAUCCCCAUGGAGAUGACCAGGGUGGACCUGAGGAACUACCUGGAGCGCAUUUACAGCGUGCCCGUGGCCGCCGUGCGGACCAGGGUGCAGCAUGGUUCCAACAGGAAGAGGGACCACAGGAACGUCAGGGUGAAGAAGCCGGACUACAAGGUGGCCUACGUGCAGCUGGCACACGGACAGACCUUCACGUUCCCAGAUCUCUUCCCUGAGAAGCCGAGCCCCAAAGACGGCUCCACGGAGGACGACCUCCAGGCGGUGAUGGAGGAGCAGCGGCAGAGGCAGCGCCAGGACCCCCGGCGGGGCGGCGUCCCCCAGUGGUUCGGCCUGUGACGGCCGCAGGGCGCAGGGCCUGCCGCCUAAGUAAAUAAAAGCGCCUGUGCACCAAG